CUUUCCACCGGCAUCACUUGGGAGAAGGUUGGUGAAGUAUCACCAACGGCUGCGUAUCAUUUUUACAUUUUAUGUCGUAAAAAAAAAUAAUCCCUUUUGAUUUUCAUCUGAACGGGGUGCAGCUUUUACCGAGGUGUUUGAUGAAACUGUACCUUGUCAGACGAGAAAGUGUUUCCUGCCCCGUCUCUCUCUCUCCCCCGCCCCCUGCCUCAAAGCCAGCUAUUGUGAUUGAAUCAAACCUAAAAGCGAUUCAUCCUCUGAGGAGACCCGACUGACUGCGCCAAAAUGGGGUAUGGACGGUCGGACAGCUACCGCGUGGCCACCACGCAGGACAAGGAUGAGAAGGAGUCACCCAAAAAGAAGGGAGGCAAGGAUCUGGACGACCUCAAGAAGGAAGUUCCCAUAACAGAACACAAAAUGUCUGUUGAGGAGGUUUGCCGGAAAUACAACACUGAUAUUGUCCAGGGUUUGACCAAUGCCAAGGCAGCAGAGUACCUGGCCAGGGACGGCCCCAACGCACUGACUCCACCCCCCACCACCCCAGAGUGGGUCAAGUUCUGUCGCCAGCUGUUUGGUGGCUUCUCCAUCCUGCUGUGGAUCGGUGCCAUCCUCUGCUUUCUUGCCUAUGCCAUCCAGGCUGCCACAGAGGACGAGCCCGCUGGGGAUAACUUGUAUCUGGGGAUCGUGCUGUCAGCUGUCGUCAUCAUCACUGGCUGCUUCUCAUACUUCCAGGAAGCAAAGAGCUCCAAGAUCAUGGAAUCCUUUAAGAACAUGGUUCCUCAGCAAGCCCUGGUGAUCCGUGAGGGAGAGAAGAUGCAGAUCAAUGCUGAGCAGGUGGUGGCAGGAGACCUGGUGGAGGUGAAAGGAGGAGACAGGAUCCCCGCUGACCUCCGCAUUAUUUCCUCCCACGGCUGCAAGGUGGACAACUCAUCCCUGACUGGUGAAUCAGAGCCCCAGACCAGGUCACCAGACUGUACCCAUGACAACCCCCUGGAAACCCGCAACAUUGCCUUCUUCUCCACUAACUGUGUGGAGGGAACAGCACGUGGCAUCGUUGUAUGUACUGGUGAUCGUACAGUGAUGGGCCGCAUCGCCACUCUUACCUCAGGUCUGGAGACUGGCAAGACGCCUAUUGCUAAGGAGAUCGAGCACUUCAUCCACAUCAUUACAGGCGUGGCUGUCUUUCUCGGCGUGAGCUUCUUCGUCCUGUCAAUCAUCCUGGGUUAUACCUGGCUGGAGGCCGUCAUCUUCCUCAUCGGUAUCAUUGUCGCCAAUGUGCCAGAGGGACUGCUGGCCACAGUCACUGUGUGUCUCACACUGACUGCUAAGCGAAUGGCUCGUAAGAACUGCCUGGUAAAGAACUUGGAGGCUGUGGAAACGCUGGGCUCCACCUCCACCAUCUGCUCCGACAAGACUGGCACCCUGACCCAGAACAGGAUGACCGUGGCCCACAUGUGGUUCGACAACCAGAUCCACGAGGCUGACACCACCGAGGACCAGUCUGGCUCCUCCUUUGACAAAAGCUCCGCAACAUGGGUGUCAUUGGCCCGCGUCGCUGCUCUGUGCAACCGUGCUGUGUUCAAGGCUGGCCAGGAAUCUUUGCCUAUCCUUAAGCGUGAUGUGGCUGGCGACGCCUCUGAGUCAGCCCUGCUGAAGUGUAUUGAGCUGUCCUGUGGCUCCGUCAAGGCCAUGAGGGACAAGAACAAGAAGGUGGCCGAGAUCCCCUUCAACUCCACCAACAAGUACCAGCUCUCAAUUCACGAAGGUGAAGAUGAAAGUGACAACCGCUACCUGUUGGUGAUGAAGGGAGCCCCAGAGAGGAUCCUCGACCGCUGCACCAGCAUCAUGUUGCAGGGCAAGGAGCAGCCCAUGGAUGAUGAGUUGAAAGAGGCUUUCCAGAAUGCCUAUCUGGAACUGGGAGGCCUCGGAGAGAGAGUACUGGGUUUCUGCCAUCUGUUCCUGCCAGAGGACAAGUAUCCCAAAGGUUUUGCCUUCGACACAGAUGACGUCAACUUCCAGACAGACAACCUUUGCUUUGUAGGCCUCAUGUCCAUGAUUGACCCUCCCCGUGCUGCCGUGCCUGACGCCGUGGGCAAGUGCCGCUCUGCUGGCAUCAAGGUUAUUAUGGUUACCGGUGACCACCCGAUCACAGCCAAGGCCAUUGCUAAGGGUGUGGGCAUCAUCUCUGAGGGCAACGAGACAGUGGAAGACAUUGCUGCACGCCUCAACAUCCCUGUCAGCCAGGUCAACCCCAGGGAUGCCAAGGCCUGUGUGAUCCAUGGUACAGAUCUGAAAGACCUCGAUCAGGAUCAGAUGGACGAUAUUUUGAGGAACCACACAGAGAUUGUCUUCGCCAGAACUUCCCCACAGCAGAAACUUAUCAUUGUAGAAGGCUGCCAGAGACAGGGUGCCAUCGUGGCUGUGACAGGUGACGGUGUGAACGACUCUCCUGCCCUGAAGAAGGCUGACAUCGGUGUUGCCAUGGGAAUCUCUGGCUCAGACGUGUCCAAACAAGCUGCAGACAUGAUCCUGCUGGACGACAACUUUGCCUCCAUCGUCACUGGUGUAGAGGAAGGACGUCUGAUCUUUGACAACUUAAAGAAGUCCAUUGCAUACACUCUGACCAGCAACAUCCCAGAGAUCACCCCCUUCCUGUUCUUCAUCUUGGUCAACAUCCCACUGCCUCUGGGCACCAUCACCAUCCUCUGCAUCGACCUGGGAACUGACAUGGUACCAGCCAUCUCUCUCGCCUAUGAAGCAGCAGAGAGUGACAUCAUGAAGCGCCAGCCCAGAAACCCACUGAGGGACAAACUGGUCAAUGAGAGACUCAUCAGCAUCGCCUAUGGACAGAUUGGUAUGAUCCAAGCUCUUGGCGGGUUCUUUGCCUAUUUUGUCAUCAUGGCUGAAAAUGGUUUUCUGCCAUCUGAGCUUGUUGGCAUCCGACUCAACUGGGACGAUCGCUCCACCAAUGACCUGGAGGACAGCUACGGGCAGCAAUGGACCUACGAGCAGCGUAAGAUUGUGGAGUUCACUUGCCACACAGCCUUCUUCGUCAGUAUUGUGGUGGUGCAGUGGGCAGAUGUCAUCAUCUGCAAGACCAGACGUAACUCUGUGUUCCAGCAGGGCAUGAAGAAUAAGAUUUUGAUCUUUGGCCUGUUUGAGGAAACAGCUCUGGCUGCUUUCCUGUCCUACUGCCCAGGAAUGGAUGUGGCACUACGGAUGUACCCACUCAAGCCCAGUUGGUGGUUCUGUGCAUUCCCGUACAGUUUCCUCAUCUUUGUUUACGAUGAGAUCCGAAAACUCAUCCUUCGCCGAAACCCCGGAGGCUGGGUGGAAAAAGAGACCUACUACUAAAUUAUCAGAGCAUCAUUUACUUCGCACCCCGCCUUCCCCUGAACUCAUUCCUCCUUCUCUAUCUCCCCCCUCUGUCUUCCUUCCCUUCAUCCAUCCCUCCACUCCUGUCACCAUAUCCAAACUGUACAAGAAAACUAUGUUUACUUCUCCUCCGUCCUCCUCCUCCUCCUCUCCACCCUCCCAUCCUCAUAUCCUAAAGAAACAAAAAAAAACAAUCAAACGCCAAGUACAGAGGAGGAGAGGAUGGGGUGGUUUUGUAAAUCUCCCCCUCUCCUCUCUGUCCCUCUGUCCCCUUUUUUUCUAUACAGCACUAGUCUGCCAGUAACACUGUUGUGCCGAAGCUCACUACUGCACUGUCAGCUGCAGCCACUCUUCGUGUGUACUCGAACUACACAGCUGCGUGGACGACAAUAAAGAACAGAAUUACAAGAAUUAAAGACAAAAACCUGACUGUUCCACUGCGAUCACUCUUGCCAAGCAGAACGACAACAUGGCAGCUCCCGUCUAGACUCCCAACUGGCGAUUUGAGCACGUGGGUGGCGUCAGUUUUUUUUGUUUUGUUUGUUGUUGUUUUGUUUUUCCUGUCAGAGAACAGCCACCCAGAUCCAGCUCUCUAAUCACUGCCAUUUCCUACCAUUCGCCUACUACGACUUUACUUCUUCCCUCCUUUUCUCUCUUUCUCUUUCUACUUAUUCACUGCCAAUCUUCUACUGCCGUUCUCUGUCCCUCCCCGUCCUCCUCCUCUUCCUCCUCCUCCUUUUCGUCCUCCCCAUCAAUAAAGAAUCAAUCUCACCAUAAAACGUAAGCACUCACUCACACACCCCUCAAAAGAGUGGGAAAAAAUGGUUCCCUUUCUACUCCUUCCCUCCCUCCCUCCUCCCCCCCCUUCCUCCCUCCCCAUGUGUUAUUUUCUGCUUGUGUUGUUGUUGUUUUCUACUAGACGACUGUCUGUUUUUUUAAAACAAAAUUGUUCGUAAAGUUUUACGUUUUCUGUUGUUUUUUUUUAAAGUUUGGAGUGGGUCUGAGAGCUGCUUGUUUUCAUUCGGACAUGACAAAGCACACCGUCUCUUCCUCCUCUUCCUCUCCUCUUCUUCCUCUCCUCCUCUCCUCUCUCACACUCCUCCUUUACCCCAAACCUCCUGACUGCCUCCCACCCCCUCGUCCUCACACUGCCUGUCUAUCUGUCCCUGUUUGUCUGUCUGUUUGUGAACACCGUGCAAAAACCCUCCGUCCUUGUAAACCUCCAACCACUUUCACUACCUGCCUCCUCUUAUUCGCCCGGCCCACAACCUCCCCCCUCAACCCCACCCAACCUCACCCCUGUUAAAAAAAAAUACAAUCUUUCUGUGUCCUCGGAAAAAGAGAUUUCUCUCCAAUUUCAUUAUUUAAAUCAGUGGAAAUACCUAAUAAGGCACUGUACCUUAACAUGCAAAACAGCAGCAGAAAAAGAAAAUGAAAUAAAAGUAGAAGGAUCUCUUUUUUCAGCUUGGUCUCGAGUUUGUUUUUGUGUGGAGUUUUGUCAGAAAAUGGAAAUAAAUGCUGUGACCAACUCUUA